GUUGCCUGCCUCUCACCUCACUCUUCUUCUUCUUCCCGGGAGAAGCAACCGCUGCAGCUGAGGAACUGUGUUGCCAAGAAUGGAUUCCAAGAUCUCCCUACUCUGCUUCCUCGUCCUCGCUUCCUCCUUGCUGCAUUGCGCCAGAUCUGAUGGAAGUGAUUCGCGGCUUCUCAAGGGCAUCAACAGCUACAGAGCUUCUCUCAAAGUCCCUGCGCUAUCCGAGAACAACAAUGCCGCAUGCCUGGCUGAGCAGCUAGCGAAGCAAUUCAAAGGCCAACCUUGCACCAACACCACUGGAGCCAACACCGUCCCUGGCACCGAGCAGCAGUUCCCCGACUACCCGAAGUACCUCGACCAUUGCCAUCUCAACGCAUCAGUGACCGAAGAUGGGCAGGUGAUGCCGGCCUGCGUUCCCGGUCUUGUACCUGAUGUGGUUCUGACCAACUACACCAAGUCACAGUACAACCAGUACCUGAAUGACACCAAGUUCUCCGGUGUCGGGAUCGCCAACGAGGGCGACUGGGUCGUCGUCGUCCUCAGCACAAGCACAGGUUCUGGUGGUUACUCUCCAGCUCCCCCUGGCUCAAACUGGGCUCCUUCAGUUCAUCCUUUCAACCAGCUAAUCCUUUUGUUGGUAGCCAUUGUAUGUUUGCUGAUGAUGUGAGAUUAAUCAUACCCCAAAGAGUGUACUUUGAUGUCAUCCAUUUUUGGAUCUUCCAGAUUUGAAUUGAACUUUUGUCUCUUUGACAACAUGCUGGUAUGUGCUAUGAGGACAUGGAUCAGAACGUAUUCUUUUGAUUCUUUUUUGAACCUCUGACUAGAUUAUAAUGGUCCUAAUUCAAUGUGUGUU